GACAAUGCAAUUAGCCACAAAAUUUGUACAAUGCUCUAUAAAUAUCCGAAUUAACUUUUACCGCCAUUUAAAUUCAGUAGUGGCGCCGUACAGAAACCUGUAAUUGGAUUCUUGUUCAAUGUGGAUGUUUAUUUAUUCCAGAUCUAUGGAAUUAUAUUUCACGUCAAAUGUUACGAAACGUACAAAACAUGGAAAAUACAGGUUAUGUCCUGAACAACUUUGAUCACACAAGUCAGGAGGGCCCCAUUCGGUGCAUUUUUUUCUGUGAAUUUCAUCCAACAGCCGGGCCUAUCAUUUCGUGUCAAGAACCAGAGCAGUACAUUUCAAAGGAACUAUUCGACAGUAUUAGCGUUUACAUAAUCACGAAAGCGGAGUUACAGAAGAGUACAAUCACUGUUACUCUAUCGGAUUAUAAAAUAUUGGGGUUCCCGGUCCGCAUUGACGACAAAAAAUAUCCCCGGAACGCCUACCACUUCAAUCUAUGCCUAGUGUGUGACAGUAACGUCCGAACCGUUCAUUACGAACCCGUCGUUAUAAAACUAUCAGACUACCUAAUGGCAAUGGAAAUUGAAAGCAGUUUUUUAUCGGACGGUAAAGCAGCAACGAAACUCGCCCCAAUUUUGAAGCAAGUUAUCGAGGAAUUGAACACGAAGGGGGAGUGCGCCCUCACGGAGGGCCCCACCGCCACCCAUCUCAAGGUCGUGCACGUUCGCAGCGACCCGGCCCCCGUGGCCGACCACCAGGUCCCUGUCUUCAUCAAGCCCCUCCCGGACCAGCAGUGGGACUUGACCACGCAACAAGUGGCCCCCUACAUUGACGGCUUCAAUCACGUGGCCCGAAUCGCGGCCCUCUCCGAUGUCGAAAAUAAUUUGGUCAAGGCUUGUGUCCAAAACCUCGUCUAUUACGGAGUCGUUGCUUUAGUGCCUUUGUUCCAAUACGGGAAUGUUUAUUGCACGACGCCGCAGUUAAAUAUUCUGGCUCACGAUGUCAAUUUACAAAACAAAUGUUUGAAGUAUGUGGCGGUGUCCCAAAGACAGUUACCCAAUUUUCGCGACGUUUUUCGCAUGUUUGCCGCCAUGACAAGGGGCACGACCAUGCGGGACUUGUGCCUGAGAUUUAAUCCAGCUAAUUUGCGAAUAAACGAAAGGAAAUUGGUACAGAUUGGAGUGUUGGAAGGUCUGAUUCGACGGGUUCAUAAGUAUCCGAUUUUGUUGAGUGAUACUUCUGAAUUACAAAAAUCGCUCUCGGGGGCGGCUAAUUUGGAUGAGAUUUGCUGCGCCACUGGCGUUGCCACGCAACAACUCGAGGACCAGCUGGAGAGAGACCACAAUAUCGUCCUGUUGUGGAAAUGACUGUGAUAAUAAAGAUUUGCUUAAAAA